CAUUAGACCGACGCGAGCUCUUCUCCCUUUUUCUCCGCCGUGGGUUCCAAAGGAGUCCAAUCCCGCGCGCGGUGUCCUUCUUAACACUCCCUCCCUUUCCCUCUCCCACUCCCUCUCCCUCUCUCUCGAUCACUCUCCCAUCGAUCUCUACAAGAAUUAGGGUUUAAGAUCGCCAAGAGCGUCGAUCGAAGAAGGAGACGAUUCCCUUUCGAGCUCUCCCUCUCCCUCUCUCUCCCCCUGCGACCUGUGCAGGAACUAGGGUUCAAUGAGGCCAACAACAACGAUCGAAGAAGGAGACGACCCCCUUCGAGUUCUCGGUGCGUAGCUCCGCGAUUCCCAAACCCUACAGACGAGAUGGGAACCCCUUUCUUGCUAGAGCGCUAUCGCCGUGAUCGCCGCAACCUCCUCGAGUUCCUCUUCUCCGAGGGCUUAAUCCGAGCCCCGUCGAGGACCUCCAUCGAUUUGGCUGGUCUCGAUUUGGAUUCCAUUAGCGCUGACUACGUUCUUGAUUGCUUAGAAUCCGGUGAAGAAUUUGAUCCUUCGGAGGCUACGAGGAGGUACUUCGAUGGGUUAAAGUAUCCGAUCAUGCUAAACUCAUCAUCAACGAACUCAUAUUAUUUUGUUUCAGAACCAGAAAUCUCUGGUUCCCCUCCGCGGCGAGCAGCUCCUAGACUCAGUUCUGGGAUGAAAAUAACUACUAAUGGCACAUCAUCUCAAGUAGCAAAACAUGACAACUUAAUUGGCAGGGAUGUUGGUAUAUCUGGAGAAAGCAGGACCAAAGGUGUUGCUACAGCUGAUGAGCCUUCUAGACUACUAGAAGAUAAGGACAUACUUUCGCUGGGUUUACCUGGUCUGAGCACAGGAAUUUCUGAUGAUGAAAUUCGAGAAACAGCAUACGAGGUCCUUCUUGCUUGUUUGUUUUGUGGGGGAAAAGUACAUUUUCCCGAAGAGAUGAAGAAGGAAAAGAAGACUAAUUUCUUGAAGGGUCUAAGAUCUAAAAGAGAAGGAUUGUCUUCAUUUCCAGUUCCAGAAGAUUCCCAUUCCGACUUUCUUGAUAUAAUCCGGGUUCAGAUGGAGAUAUCUGAAGCUACGAAUGCAUUCAUCAGGAAAGGUUCGAGGCUUUCAAAUUUGAGGGAGAUGAAUGAACAAAUUGAUGUCCCUUGCAUAUCGUUGAAUCUCAUAAGUGUCCUUUACAAGCUGGACUUCCCAAGUGAAAGGUUACGCAUGCAGUGGCAGAGGAGGCAGGCCAAUAUUCUAGAAGAACUCCUUGGUUCCGUUAAUAUGGAUUCCAAGAUGCGUGAAACAUUGCAGAUACUUCUCCGAAAGCUCAGAAGUAUAGAGGAGAAGGUUUCUGAUGUAUAUGAUGGCUUUUUUGAGAUCCUGUCACUUAUAAAAAGAUAUGCUUCAAAGUUGUCCAGUAUGCCUGGAAAAUAUGGUUUUCAAAGCAAAGCCUAUUAUCGGACAGCAAGUUAUCAGUUUAAUAUUAAGCUAUAUGAAAAAUUACUCUACAGUGUUUUUGAUAUUCUUGAAGAUGGAAAGAUUUUAGAGGAAGCUGAUGAAAUGUUGGAAGUUUAUGAGUUUACAUGGUCCACAUUAGGUAUUACUCAAAAGUUGCAUAAUGUCUUAUAUGCUUGGGUGCUUUUCCAACAAUUUAUAAAAACAGGCGAGUUUUUGCUUUUAAAAUUAGCGGUUCUUGAGAUGCAGAAAGUUUUAUCGCAUAAAAAUGAUGAGGGAACUGAAGAAGCAUACAUAAGUAGUCUUAUUUGUUCUGUUGAAUCCUACGGCAGUAAAAGAUUUCUAUGCUUGGUGGAUGCUAUCUUUUUCAAAAUCUACUUAUGGUGUUGCUAUCAACUUGAAGACUAUCAUCUUCAUUUUGCUCAGGAAAAGUCUGCUAUUUUUGGAAGUGUUGUGAACCUGGCAGUACUUACUCAGACAACUUCUGCUGAUGAAUGUGCGGAAAACAAGUACUUCGGAUCUAUGGCAGGCAACAUACCAGAGUGGAAGUUGUUUCACUUUUUCAUUGUGAAGUCUAUUCAAGCUGCAUUUAAGCGUGCUUGUAGCUUAGCAGAAAACCAAUCUUCUGUGGAACUUAAACAUCCUCUGGCCAUAGUUGCACAUGAAUUAAAGCAAGUUGCGGAAAAAGAGUACACUGCAUUUUAUCCUGUAUUGUGCCAAAAAUAUCCUAAAUCUGGAAAACUUGCAUUUAUACUCUUGCACCUAUUAUAUGGGGAACGAUUGAAACCAUUCCUGGAAGGGCUCACACAUCUCUCAGAGAGUGUCAAAGAGGUCCUAGCGGCUUCAAACACUCUAGAGCUUUGCUUGGCUCAUAAGCUUUCCUCCAUAUACGGUGAUAAUGUGGAUUCAUCCGCAACAAAAUAUGUGCAUCCAUAUCAGAUCAGUCAUUAUUGUGCACCUCUCGUUCUACAGUGGAUUCAUGCUCAACAUGAUAAUAUCUUGGAAUGGACAAAACGAGCAGUUGAGAUAGAGGAUUGGGAACCUCUAUCAUCUCAGCAAAGACAAGCAAAAUCUGCAGUUGAAGUCUUUCGAAUUGUGGAGGAGACUGUUGAUCAGUUUUUUAGCUCGAAUCUGCCUAUGGAUAUCAUCCACUUGCGAUCUUUACUCAUAGGAAUUGUCCGAAGCCUGGAAGCUUAUUUGCUGCACAUUGUCAAUCAACAAGUUGAUGUGACUAUGCUGUAUCCUAGCACUCCAGCUUUGACCCGUUAUGCAGAAUCAAUAUAUCCCUUUAUGAAGAAAAAGUUUGUUCAGCUUACAACCUUGGAGGAGAAAAUGACCUUCCAACUGAAUACUUUGACUGGACCAAAGCUGUGUGUGAAACUGAACACUCUUCAUUAUAUUAGAGAUCAACUUGAUACAUUGGAGGAUACCAUAAAGCACUCUUGGAAUCUUGUUCAGUCAGGUUUUGGAUUGGCAGACUACUUUUCUCGUAUAUCAAAUGGAAAAUCUUCUGUAGAUGUUAAUGUGAAUUUAUCAGCAUGUAAUGGAUCAGUUGAUGAGCUGUUUGCAUUAUUUGAUAACGUCAGAAGAGGUGCAGUUACCACAAGCAAGAUGAUGCUUGACUUCAUUGGUCCGAGAGUCAUAUUUUGGGAUAUGAGGGACUCUUUUCUUUUCUCCUUAUAUAGAAGCAGCGUUAACAGUGCUCGAUUGGAGAUCUUUAUCCCACUACUUGAUCAAGUUCUUGACCGGAUAUGUGAUCUAAUCAUUGAUGAACUAAGGGACCAAGUUGUUCUGAAAAUUUUUCAAGCAUCAAUGGAUGGUUUUAUUUGGGUACUGUUGGAUGGAGGCCCAUCUCGUGCCUUCUCUGAAGCUGAUGUACCACUGAUGCAAGAAGAUUUGGCUAUGUUAAAGGAGCUUUUUAUAGCCAAUGGUCAAGGUCUGCCUUUCGAUGUGGUUGAGAAGGAAGCAAGAUUAGCUCGACAGAUUUUGGACUUGUUUGCACUGAAGGCUGAUACUAUUAUUGAAAUGUUGGUAAGUGCAAGUGAACAAACUGCUUAUCAUCUCAAACCUACUACCGGUGGGAGAAGUUGUGCAAAUGAUGCUCAAACUCUACUUCGAGUUUUAUGUCAUAAGAAGGACGGAAGUGCUUCUGAAUUUCUGAAAAUGCACUAUCAACUUCCCAAAUCUUCAGAUUAUGAUGACAUUCCUUCAAAAGAGGAGAGGACAUCAACGUCGCCAAUUUUAUCAGACAUAUUCAGAGGAGCCGCCUCCGGUCGCCGCCACCCCUGCGACGUCGGCGCCGCCGGUCGUCGUCGACCAACCCAUCCGCCGCCUGUGCCCACCUUCCUCAGCAACUCACAUUGCAGAUGGUAGAUCUAUAGGAGGCGGGAUCAGUUGAUUCGUCUACCCUGACAAAGCAGCAUUUCCAUAGGUCGUCAUUUAUCACGAGUGAGGGAUAUCGCGGAGUUCAAUUCAUAGAGCAUUACCGCAUAUUAAAUCAGUGGGAUCUUGAUCAUCCAGCGGUGCUAGAUCUGCUACGACAGUCUUGCUUCUAUUAUAUUUCUCGACUUUUGUGUCUGCAGCUGGAUCAUGCUUUAUUAGGAGCUCUGCUCGAGAGAUAAAGACGAGAGACUCAGACUUUUCAUUUCUACCACGAUUUGGGAGUGGGACCAUCUUCAUGUCGGACGACCUACUAAUGUUGGAGCUAUUGCCGAUAUGGCUGAUUGCUCUUUGGGUUGCUGAUGAAUGAAUGCCGACGAAUUACGUUUUGGAGCAAAUGUUAGGACGACGGAUAUUGAGUUCUAUCUAGAUGAGUUGGAUCAGCAGGGAAAGUCCCAGAUUAUAUGGCGGCCGUACACAAAUGCUAUUAUAGCUAUGCUACCGAUACUGUGUACAGGGCAGUGAGAUAUGGCGAUCGAGGACGACGCUGAUUGCUUUUAAUAUUGUUUAGCUUCCGUACCGGAUCGAGUUCUACGGCAGUUUGAUCUCCUUCAGCAUAUACCCAUUCCCGUGGAGACCAUCCGUCCUGUCACUUCUCAGGGGCGACCGAAUGAGGAUUGGACCCACUUUCAUACUGCACACAUCGAGAGAUGGGUAAACAAGUUACAGGCCAUUUUUGACCAGCUGCCGAUUGUCGGUGAUGACCCGAUAUAGAUGACCUCCAUUUAUAUGCAGUGGUAUUGGAAGAUCACGAGAAGAUGGAUUUCUCGUCCAGUACAGCGUUCACCAUUGACUUACCAGUCUCGCGGCCAGACCGAGAGAGUUUUGUUGGACGCAUUACGACAGACUCACUAUAGCAUCAGAGAGCUAAUUCAUGAUUUACCUGCGAACCAUACGAUACUGGAGCCAUUGACGGGCAUCUAUGACCAUAUUGAGUCAGUACUGGAGCACCUUUCUAUCAUACAUGUUGUCUCUGAUAUCGGAGGUCGAGAUUUUGAUCAUGCGUCGACAUCGGGUCAUCACAGGAGACAGCUAGAGACUCCUACUGAAUCAUACUCGACAUCGAGCCUGCGAGUGUCACGAUCUCUAUUUCCUACUGAUGUUAUAGAUAUGCUAGCCGUUUUUUUGAGAUUUCCUUUCUUGACAUCGGACUUGGACUCGCUUCCGCCGCCAGUCUCUCGAACGCACUUUAAAUCAGUAUAUUCUCGACGUUAUGGCGUGUCAUCAUCACAGCUCCGCCCAGCAUUUACACCGGCCACUAUCGAGGGUGAUCAAUCUGAGCCAGAGGAGACUCAGGCGAUUCCGGAGCACCCCGAGGGCAUCAUCAUCGCAAUUAGAUGGCCGGUAUCGAGACACUUGAUGACGUACCUAUUGCUGAACUCGAUGUGGAUCGUGGCCGUAGACGUGGACGUGGACGUGGCCGUGCAUGAGGACGUGACCGAGGACGUCAAAGAAGAGGAAGAUCGAAAGACUGAUGGUAUAUUAUUGAUUUAGAGAGCAUACUUUGUAUAAUAUUAUAUAAUACUUUAUUUAGUUCAUAUUUGUAUAUUUGUCUGUAUUUUUGUUAAUUAUUUUAUCCGGUUGAUUGUAUCUUGUUAUUCCA